AGACCAGAUUCUACUCAAUCUAGACACUGUUGUCUUUCUUCUUUUUAUUCACUUUUGGGUUUUCUAAGUCUCACCUUUUGAAGGUUCAUUCUGUUUUAAUAAUAAGCUCUGCGCAAGUGAUUCUAGCUCCAAGCCCUUAAAAGUUUCAGUAGAUGAGUGCCUCAAAGUUCAUUAAAUGUGUAACUGUUGGAGAUGGUGCUGUUGGGAAGACCUGCAUGCUCAUCUGCUAUACCAGCAAUAAGUUCCCCACUGAUUAUAUACCUACAGUAUUUGAUAACUUUAGUGCCAAUGUAGCUGUGGAUGGGAGCAUUGUGAAUUUAGGACUCUGGGACACGGCAGGCCAGGAAGAUUACAGCAGAUUGAGGCCACUUAGUUACAGAGGUGCAGACAUAUUUGUCUUAGCUUUCUCCUUGAUCAGCAGAGCCAGCUAUGAAAAUGUUCUUAAGAAGUGGAUGCCAGAACUGCGUAGAUUUGCACCAAAUGUUCCCAUUAUUCUUGUUGGCACAAAGCUAGAUGUUCGAGGAGAUCGCGGAUAUUUAGCCGAACAUUUGGGUUCUAAUGUUAUAACGUCAGCUGAGGGUGAAGAUCUAAGGAAACAAAUAGGUGCUGCAGCUUAUAUAGAAUGCAGUUCUAAGACGCAGCAGAAUGUCAAGGCAGUUUUUGAUACUGCAAUUAAGGUUGUUCUGCAGCCUCCUAGGAGGAAGGAAAUGACAAGGAAGGAAAGGCACAGAAGGUCUGGUUGCUCAUUUGUAGGCAUUGUGUGCGGAGGCUGUGCUGCUUAAUAUGGAUGUUGUUCAAAUGCUUCAAGUGUGGAGUUCUGACAUCUGAUUUCCAUACCUUUUUUUUUCUGUGCUUUGUAUUGUAAUUGAUGUAAGUCAGUAUAUCACUUGAAAGACCCGUUAGAGAAUAGAUCGGAGGGAACUUUUCAUUCCCUCUUAGUGGCUGUUACUACUUCAUGUUAUGAUGUUUGUAUAUUUUAAAUUGGAAGCAAUGAAACCACUUCUGCAUUU